UGUUGAAAUAAGCCGUUGACUUAACCUCAUUUGGCGUGAUCGAUACUCAAUCGUCGAAAAGAAUUUCAAUUUUGAACUUCGCGGGUCGUGAAUUAAUAUUCAAGUUUAUACCUGUAGGAGCCGCUGCUGCUGUUACUAUAUAUAUGUGUUAUUAUAUAUACUAUACGCAUAUAUAAUAUAUAUAUACACGUAUAUAUAGUAUAUAGUCUUGUCACUCGUACAAAAUGUCAGCAUCUGUUAGAAGAAGCUGAUCGUAAACCUAUCAAAUAUAGCGUGUAGUGCCAUGGCGACGACGAGUCCAUCGCCGAUGCCACCACUAACGACGACGACGUCGACGACAAUGGAACAACCCCAGCUAUCACCGACGGAAGGUUCCGUUCAAGGCAUAGCUUCUCAGAGCCCAGCACCAACGGUUUUUCAGGAUACCUCGACUCAAUCGCAGCAAGGAUUUUGUACUCCGCAACAGCAGCAACAACAAGUACCAGCUUUGGAAGGCAAUCAACCUAUACCUCAUGUUGUACAGCAAUAUUCCCAGUCAAUGUCCAAUGGUAUUGGGAUUGUAGGACAAAAUGGACAAGUUACAACUAUGCCACAGCAGUCACAGCAAACUGGAAGUAUAGGUUCAAUACAGCCUGGGAUUAAUGGAUCUUUAACUUCACCAGGCAAUCAAACCCAAAUAGGAGGUCUAGUUAGCUCUAAUUCUAUUGUUCAUCAAAAUAGUGCUCCUAUUCAAAAUAGUAUGUCCAAUGGACCAUCACCUGGUUCGGUAAGGAGUCCAAGAAUUCCAGAAAAUAAAUUUGUUGCUUUACAAAAAGCUAUUGAGAUCAUGGAAGAAAAAGGGUUAAAAGAUGAUCAUCGAUAUAUACAGUUGCUUGCACUAAAAGCAAAGUAUGCCAAUCUAGUAAACGAGAAGCAAUCUCUCAAUCCUCAACAAAUACAGCAGUUGAGAGCUCAGAUAAUGGCAUAUCGUUCAUUAGCCAGGAAUCAGCCUUUGACACAACAGCAGGUAAUGGCUGUUCAGGGUCAAAAACCUUCAGAUUCUAAUCAAGGUCCUACAAUUACUCCAACUAUCACUGUAAUUGGACCACAAAAGCCUGGUCAAGGACUUCAACUAACAGGUCAAGCACUACAGACAACUGUGAAACCUAACAAGGUUGCAACAACUGGCAAGCCUACUACCCUUGAUCCAGUGAUUAUUUUACAAGAACGAGAAAAUCGGGUUGCAGCCAGAAUAGCAUUAAGAAUGGAGCAGCUAAAUUAUAUGCCUACAAAUAUGCCAGAAGAUUUGCGAGCUCAAGCUCAAAUUGAGCUAGGUAUGUUAAGGGUAUUGAACUUUCAACGACAGCUCAGAUCAGAAAUAUUAGCUUGCACUAGAAAGGACACUACUCUAGACACAGCUGUCAAUCUGAAAUCGUUUAAACGUACAAAACGACAAGGAUUAAGAGAAGCCAGAGCUACUGAGAAGCUUGAAAAACAGCAAAAGUUAGAGGCUGAAAGGAAAAGGAGGCAGAAACACCAAGAGUUCAUUAGCUCUAUUCUGCAACAUAGCAAAGAUUUCAAAGAAUUCCACAGAAAUAAUCUUGCUAAGAUGGGUCGCCUGAACAAAGCUAUUCUUAAUCAUCAUGCCAAUGCCGAGAGAGAACAGAAGAAGGAACAAGAAAGGAUAGAAAAAGAACGUAUGCGACGUCUUAUGGCUGAAGAUGAAGAAGGUUAUAGAAAACUUAUAGAUCAGAAGAAAGAUAAGCGAUUGGCCUUACUACUUUCACAGACAGAUGAGUAUAUCAGUAAUCUAACAGAGAUGGUGAAACAGCACAAAAUGGAACAAAAGAAAAAGCAAGCAGAACAACAAAAGCGUAAAAAGAAGAAGAGAUACCAAGAUGGUGAAAUGGUCGAUGGAGAUGAAGAUAUACAUAUUUCUGUCAUUGAAAUUUCCACUGGUCGUACUUUGAAUGGUGAAGAUGCACCUCUGUUGAGUCAGUUAAAUGCCUUUUUGGAGUCUCAUCCUGGCUGGGAAACAGUUGAUUCUGAUAGUGAAUAUGAAGAUGAUGAGGAGGAAGAUGAAAAAGAUGAGGACAAGAAAUCAGACUCAGGUGAACCUGAUGAAGAAAAGGCCAAAAGAACAAUACAAAAAGCUAAAGUUGAAGAUGAUGAGUAUAAAACAGAAGAACAAACUUACUAUAGUAUUGCUCAUACCGUCCAUGAAGUCGUCACUGAACAAGCUACCAUCAUGGUAAAUGGUAAACUGAAAGAAUACCAGAUUAAAGGUUUGGAAUGGAUGGUUUCAUUGUUUAACAACAAUCUGAAUGGUAUUCUGGCGGAUGAGAUGGGUCUUGGUAAGACUAUUCAGACCAUAGCACUUGUAACCUAUCUCAUGGAAAAAAAGAAAGUCAAUGGACCAUUUCUCAUUAUCGUUCCUCUCUCAACCCUUUCAAAUUGGAUAUUGGAGUUUGAGAAAUGGGCACCUAGUGUAGUUGUAGUCUCAUACAAAGGAUCUCCUGCUGGAAGAAGGGCGAUUCAGUCUCAAAUGCGCGCUACAAAGUUCAAUGUACUCUUGACUACUUACGAAUACAUAAUCAAAGACAAAAGUGUCUUGGCAAAGUUACAAUGGAAAUACAUGAUUAUUGAUGAGGGUCACAGAAUGAAGAAUCACCAUUGUAAGUUAACUCAAACAUUGAACACUCAUUACAUCGCGCCUCAUCGACUGCUGCUCACGGGUACGCCACUUCAGAACAAAUUACCUGAGUUGUGGGCGCUUCUUAACUUUUUACUUCCCUCUAUCUUUAAAUCGUGCAGUACGUUCGAGCAGUGGUUCAAUGCACCUUUCGCGACUACUGGUGAAAAAGUCGAAUUGAACGAAGAAGAAACAAUUCUUAUUAUUCGUCGUCUGCAUAAAGUAUUGCGUCCAUUUUUGCUCAGACGUUUAAAGAAGGAAGUAGAAUCGCAGCUACCCGAUAAAGUGGAAUAUAUAAUUAAGUGCGAUAUGUCUGGCCUGCAGAAAAUUCUUUACAAACACAUGCAAAGCAAGGGUGUGCUGCUGACUGAUGGAUCAGAGAAAGGAAAACGCGGCAAGGGAGGCGCAAAAGCCUUGAUGAAUACCAUCGUACAACUUCGUAAACUUUGCAAUCAUCCAUUUAUGUUCCAAAAUAUCGAAGAAAAAUAUUGCGAGCAUUUAGGCAUUCAGGGAGUUGGUCUGAUAAGUGGUCCAGAUUUAUACAGAGCAUCUGGUAAAUUCGAGCUUUUGGAUCGGAUUUUACCGAAAUUAAAAGCUACUGGUCACAGGGUACUACUCUUCUGUCAAAUGACACAGCUCAUGACUAUAAUGGAAGAUUAUCUAAACUGGCGUCAGUUCAAGUACUUGAGGUUAGAUGGUACAACGAAAGCCGAAGAUAGAGGUGAUUUGUUAAAAAGAUUCAACGACCCAGGUUCCGAUUAUUUUCUAUUCAUCCUGUCGACUCGCGCCGGUGGUCUUGGUUUAAAUCUCCAAGCAGCCGAUACCGUCAUUAUUUUCGAUUCCGACUGGAAUCCUCAUCAGGAUUUGCAAGCUCAAGACAGAGCCCAUCGUAUCGGUCAGAAGAACGAAGUGCGAGUUUUACGACUUAUGACUGUCAAUUCCGUCGAGGAGAGAAUUUUAGCUGCUGCUCGGUAUAAGUUGAACAUGGACGAGAAAGUCAUACAGGCUGGUAUGUUUGAUCAAAAGUCGACGGGAUCUGAGCGACAACAGUUCCUAAAGACUAUUUUGCAUCAAGAUGACGCUGACGAUGAGGAAGAAAACGAAGUGCCAGACGACGAGACUGUCAAUCGGAUGAUUGCCAGAUCAGAACAAGAAUUCGAAUUGUUCCAGAAAAUCGAUCAAGAAAGGCGAAGAGAAGACGUGCAAAAGUUUGGCCCCAACUGUCGAUCACGUUUACUCGAUGAAACCGAACUACCUGACUGGUUGGUGAAGGAUGACGAAGAAGUUGAAAAAUGGGCUUACGAAGACGACGAGGAUAAGUCUCUCUUCGGCAGAGGUUCUCGUCAACGAAAAGAAGUUGAUUAUACAAACAGUCUUACGGAGAAAGAGUGGCUGAAAGCUAUUGGCGAGGAAGGAGUUGAUCUUGAAGAGGAGGAAGAGGACGAUAAAAAUAGUAAGAAAAAGUCAAGAAAACGAAGAAAAAAAGGUGAUGACGAUGACGAUUCAGGGCCUAAGAAAAGAAGAGGCACCAUUGAUACAAAAACGAAGAAACGCAUGAAGAAAGUACUCUCGUUAGUCAUCAACUAUACUGAUCAGGAUGGUCGAUUUCUCAGCGAACCGUUCAUGGAACUGCCACCUCAUCGAGAUUUCCCCGACUAUUAUGAAAUAAUCAAAAGGCCUCUUGCGAUCAAUAAACUCGUGCAAAAGAUUGACGAAAGUAAGUAUGCGGAUUUCGACGACCUUGAAAAAGAUUUCAUGCAACUCUGCAAAAAUGCUCAAACUUACAAUGAAGAAGCUUCGCUCAUUUACGAAAAUUCAGUUGUUUUGCAAACUGUCUUUCGAGCCGCUCGUCAGAGAAUUGAGGCCGAACAUCAGGCUUCAGACGAAGAGAAAGAAGCAUCACAAGAAAUGGUUGAGGGUGAGGAAGAACAGUCUGGUGUAAGGAUGAAGAUUAAGCUGAAAGGAAGAAAAAGCGAAGGUGGCAGAGGUGGUCGUAAAAAACGUAUGUCCAAGAAAUUCAUUGACGAUGACAAUGAGGCGAGUUCCUCAAUGCCUGUACCAGAUCAAUAAGUGCAAGACUACGUGCAAGCGAAUGCUAAAGAAAUAAUUUUCUUACAAAAGACUUUAGAAAAUUAAUAUUCGAUGAACGAUGCUCGAAGUGUCAUGUUUUUUCUAUAAGCCUUUAGAGUGUGUAAAAUAUUUGCGGUGAAUCGAUCGAGUUGGUUUCUCUUUUGAAUGUAUACUUAUUUUGGCACGACUUUUAUUUGAUUUAUAUCACAAGCUUUGUUUCGAAGCUAUAAUUCUUUUUUUUCUUAAAAUCUUUAUCUUUAUUUCACUUUACCGAAUUGUCUUUAUAUAUUUUAUUUUUGAACGAAUACUGCAUUUGAAACCAAUGUCGAUAAAGAUGUAAUAAUAAAAACUGUAAAUAAUUUAAAAUAAAAAGAUUUUUGUGGAAUUGGAUAUUUAAAAACUAUUUAUUUCAAGGGUAACAAUUUUUGAAACACGUAUACACACAUACAUAACUUAUAUUUAUUCGAAAACAGAGAAUUUAUUUACUGGUACAAUAAGUUUGUUAAAACAAUUACCUUUAAAGUAAAUUUACGUAAAAAUUUCCAACAUAGUCUUAGCAUUUUUUACGUCGGUCUAUAAUAGAGCGCUAUUACUUUACUUCGGAAAGAAAAAAGGCAAGUGAAUUAAAAUGCAAUUAAUGUGAAGCUGAUGGAAAAAAUGACAAAAUUCGAUUUAUAAAUGAUUGUCAAGAGAAAUCAAUUAUAAAUUAAAUGAAGCUUAACGAUAAUUACGGUAAUCGCAUUUCGUUCGACGUUACGCGACGUUAAGACAUUUUAUAUAAAGUUUUGAAUUACAUUUAAGAAGUU